GGAGGGGCCGGGGCCGGAGAGCGAGCCAGCCCCAGCGUGCGAGCCAGCGAGCGAGCGGACGACCGGCAGAGGACGAGCUGCAUGCAACCGGUGGGAGGCCGGGCCGGCGGGGGCUGGGGCCGGGGCUCGGGCUCCGGCUGGCGUUUCUGGCGGGGUCCGUGGCGGCGAUCGCGGGCCGCCCGGAGGCGGCGGCUGUGAGCUGGCAGGCGGAGGGCUGUCUCCCGCGCCCGCCUGCCCGGCGUGGUCCGAGGAUGCGGGGGGGCGAUGCCCGGGGCCAGGGACGCGCUCUGUCACCAAGCGCUGCAGCUGCUGGCCGAGCUCUGUGCCCGCGGGGCCCUGGAGCACGACAGCUGCCAAGAUUUCAUCUACCACCUGCGGGACCGUGCGAGACCUCGGCUCCGCGACCCAGAUAUCUCAGUGAGCCUGCUAACCCUCAUAGUCACUGCCUGUGGUCUCGCCCUCUUUGGCGUAUCUCUCUUCGUGUCUUGGAAACUCUGCUGGGUUCCAUGGCGAGAACGAGGCUUGUUCUCUGGUAGCAAAGACAACCAGGAGCCUCUAAACUGCACAGACACAGAGACCAAUGAACAGGAGAACAGUGAGGACUUCCUAGACCCACCCACGCCCUGCCCUGACUCCUCCAUGAAGAUCAGCCACACCUCCCCUGACAUUCCCCUCUCCACUCAGCCGGGAGUCCAGGAGAAUUGUGCCCAUGGCGUCCGGGUGCAGCGCCAAGUCACAGAGCCAACAUCGUCGGCUCGGCAUAAUUCAAUCCGAAGACAACUCAACCUGUCAAACCCGGACUUCAAUAUCCAGCAACUUCAAAAACAGGAGCAGUUGACUGGAAUUGGUAGAAUUAAACCAGAGUUAUAUAAGCAGAGGUCCUUGGAUAAUGAUGACGGGAGAAGGAAUAACAGCAAAGCUUGUGGGAAACUGAACUUCAUUUUAAAAUAUGACUGCGACUUAGAACAGCUCAUAGUAAAGAUUCACAAAGCUGUCAAUUUGCCCGCCAAGGAUUUUUCUGGAACUUCAGAUCCUUACGUCAAGAUCUACCUACUUCCUGAUCGGAAAACAAAACACCAGACUAAAGUUCACAGAAAGACCCUGAACCCGGUGUUUGAUGAAGUAUUUUUAUUUCCAGUUCCCUACAAUGACCUUGAAGCUCGGAAGCUUCACUUUUCCGUAUAUGACUUUGACAGGUUCUCUCGCCAUGACUUAAUCGGCCAAGUGGUGGUGGAUCAUUUCCUGGACUUGGCCGAUUUCCCCAGGGAGUGCAUCCUCUGGAAGGAUAUCGAGUAUGUCACCAAUGACAAUGUGGAUCUUGGAGAGCUGAUGUUUUCCCUCUGCUACCUUCCCACGGCUGGCAGGCUGACCAUUACCAUUAUAAAAGCAAGGAAUUUAAAGGCAAUGGACAUAACAGGGGCAUCAGAUCCUUACGUGAAAGUCUCCCUGAUGUGUGAUGGCAGGAGACUGAAGAAGAGAAAAACGUCCACCAAGAGGAACACGCUGAAUCCUGUUUACAACGAAGCCAUAGUCUUUGAUGUCCCUCCCGAGAAUAUUGACCAAAUCCAUUUAUCCAUUGCUGUCAUGGACUAUGACCGUGUAGGUCACAAUGAGAUCAUCGGCGUGUGUCAAGUAGGCAACGAAGCUGAGAGGCUGGGCAGAGAGCACUGGAGUGAAAUGCUGUCCUAUCCCCGGAAGCCUAUUGCACACUGGCACUCCCUAGUGGAGAAACGAUGACUACGGAUAAGAGGACUGCUUGUGCCAAGGACAUAGUAGGACAACCAUCUAACAAAGAUAACUUUACCCAUCUAAGCAACACCUGGACAACACCAGUGACCAAAUACUCAGCUGUAACCACAGCAGUAACUGGCCCUCCUUCUAAAUCGGGUUUGGUAAACCCUAAUGGUCUAGCUACCUACUUCAGGUGGCCCAAGGUGAUAUACUGUAGUAGAAGAUCAUCUCUCAUUGUCCAGAACCCAGAUUGGUGUAUGGAAGGAAGCAAGUUAACAUUGAGAGAGUCCCCAGAGUAUCAGGACUCUGGGUGAUUAAUGUGAGGCCCUUGGUAAUGGAGACAUAACACCUGCCUUGGCAGUGGUUACUCUGAUAUGAAGUUUCUUGUAUAAAUGCCCUGGAAGGACAGAAUAUUUUAAAAUAUAUCCAGGUGCUAAAUAGGCAGCAAAUUUCAGUUCAAACUCCACUAGCAUUGAGCUAAUGACUGUCCUCAGAGGAUAAUUUCAUCCUAAGAAAUUAUUUAACUUUACAGAGAAUUGCCUCUCCACCUCUCUGCCCCCAUC